ACUGUCUCUUCCCCUCCACGCGGUGGAACUGACUGGUCGGCCUCAGUUGCUUGUCCUGAAAGAUGCCGGGGAAACUCCUUAGUGACGUGGAUUUGGACUCAGACACGGCCAUGGAAAAACUGGAGACACCGCGAAAGCAGAAUGCGAAGAAGGGUAAAAAAGAGAAGCCAAAGUCUAAUAAGACUGAAGAGGCAACAGAAGUAAAGGAAGAAACUAUUUCCCCCAAAGCCAAAAAAAUUAAAAAGAAAGCCGAGUCUUCUGAGAUUGACAUGAAUUCUCCUAAAUCCAAAAAGGCAAAAAAGAAAGAGGAGUCAUCUCAGGAUGACAUUAUUUCUCCUAAAACCAAAAGUGUGAAGAAACCAAAGGAGUCCUUUGAAAAGAAAGUUGUUUCUCCUAAAACCAAAAAAGUAAUGAAAAGUGAGGAGCCUUCUGAAGAAGAAAUAGGUGCUCCUAAGCCGAAGAAGAUGAAAAAAGAAAAGGAAAUGAAUGGAGACAUUGGAGAGAAAAGCCCCAAACUGAAGAAUGGAUUCCCUCAUUCUGGACCUGUCUCUAACUCCAGUGAAGAAAGUAACAGUGAAUUAGAGCAGGAAAUACCUGUGGAACAAAAAGAAGGUGCUUUCUCUAAUUUUCCCAUAUCUGAAGAGACCAUUAAACUUCUCAAAGGCCGCGGGGUGACCUUUCUGUUUCCGAUACAAGCAAAGACAUUUCACCAUGUCUAUAGUGGAAAGGACUUAAUUGCACAGGCACGGACAGGAACCGGGAAGACCUUCUCCUUUGCCAUCCCUUUGAUUGAGAAACUUCAGGGAGAACUACAAGACCGGAAAAGAGGCCGUGCCCCUCGGGUACUGGUUCUUGCACCCACAAGGGAGUUGGCCAAUCAAGUAAGCAGAGACUUCAGUGACAUCACAAGAAAGCUGGCAGUGGCUUGUUUUUAUGGUGGAACUCCCUAUGGAGGUCAAAUUGAACGCAUGCGGAAUGGGAUUGAUAUCCUGGUUGGGACCCCAGGUCGUAUCAAAGACCACCUGCAGAAUGGCAAGCUAGAUCUCACCAAACUUAAGCAUGUUGUCCUGGAUGAAGUUGACCAGAUGUUAGAUAUGGGGUUUGCUGAUCAAGUGGAAGAGAUUUUAAGUGUGGCAUACAAGAAAGAUUCGGAAGACAAUCCCCAAACAUUGCUUUUUUCUGCAACCUGCCCUCAUUGGGUAUAUAACGUUGCUAAGAAAUACAUGAGAUCUACAUAUGAACAGGUGGACCUCAUUGGUAAAAAGACUCAGAAAACGGCAAUAACUGUGGAGCACCUGGCUAUCAAGUGCCACUGGACUCAGAGGGCAGCAGUUAUUGGGGAUGUAAUCCGAGUAUAUAGUGGUUUUCACGGGCGCACUAUCAUCUUCUGCGAGACCAAGAAAGAAGCCCAGGAGUUGUCACAGAAUGUGUCCAUAAAGCAGGAUGCCCAGUCAUUACAUGGAGAUAUUCCUCAGAAGCAGAGAGAAAUCACUCUGAAAGGUUUUAGAAAUGGUGAUUUUGGAGUUUUGGUUGCAACCAAUGUUGCUGCUCGUGGGUUAGACAUCCCUGAGGUUGAUCUGGUUGUACAGAGUUCUCCCCCAAAGGAUGUGGAAUCCUACAUUCAUCGUUCUGGAAGGACGGGCAGAGCUGGAAGGACGGGGAUUUGCAUCUGCUUUUAUCAGCACAAGGAAGAAUAUCAGUUAGCACAAGUGGAGCAAAAAGCGGGAAUUAAAUUUAAACGAAUAGGUGUUCCUUCUGCAACAGAGAUAAUAAAAGCUUCCAGCAAAGAUGCCAUCAGGCUUUUGGAUUCUGUGCCUCCCACUGCCAUUGGUCACUUCAAGCAGUCAGCUGAGAAACUGAUAGAGGAGAAGGGAGCCGUGGAAGCCUUAGCAGCAGCACUGGCCCAUAUUUCAGGUGCCACAUCAGUAGACCAGCGCUCUUUGAUCAACUCAGAUGCGGGCUUUGUGACCAUGAUCUUACGAUGCUCGAUUGAAAUGCCAAACAUUAGUUAUGCUUGGAAAGAACUUAAAGAGCAGCUGGGCGAAGAAAUUGAUUCCAAAGUGAAGGGAAUGGUUUUUCUCAAAGGAAAGCAGGGGGUUUGCUUUGAUGUCCCUACUGCAGCAGUAACAGAAAUACAGGAGAAAUGGCAUGAUUCACGUCGCUGGCAGCUAUCUGUGGCCACGGAGCAACCAGAGCUAGAAGGACCACGGGAAGGAUAUCGAGGCUUCAGGGGACAGCGGGAAGGCAGUCGAGGCUUCAGGGGACAGCGAGAAGGAAACAGAAGCUUCAGGGGACAACGGGAAGGAAAUCGAAGCUUCAGAGGACAGCGAUCAGGAGGUGGCAACAAAAGUAACAGAUUCCAAAACAAAGGCCAGAAGCGGAGUUUCAGUAAAGCAUUUGGGCAGUAAUUUCAAAUAGAGGAUUCAUACGGCAACAUGGAACUGAACACUGAUUUUCCUAUGAAGUUAAAAGCACAUGUGUUUCCUUCUUGACCACUUGCCUUGUCCCCAUCUCUCCCAGAGAGACAAGCUUCAUGGAAAUUAUUUCCAUCUGAUGAUUAUCACUUGUAACUAUUGCUGUUUCUGUAUUAGGUUUCUCUUUUGAAAAGAUGUAUGAAUUCGUAAUAUUUUUAUUCUGAUGCAUUGUCUGUAGGUUAUAAGACCAAGUCAAGCAUGUAUUUGCCCAUACUUUUUAAGUUGAGGGGUCUCUGUAUUUAAAUAGUGUCCUUCCCUGAAUACCUGUGGGGAAUGCAGCUGUCUCUGGAGAGGCACUCUGAGCAGUCGAGGCUUACCUGUAAUUGGCAUUCCUCAGCCACCUGCCUAACAGUGACUCACGUGGUCCUGUAACAUGUCCUCUGAGAAAUAGUACUGAGCAGUGUUUUGAAGCAAUAUUUCAAAAUUGCUGGGAUGCAAUACAUUUUAUGCCAGCAUGUGCUCUAGAUUUGAAGAACAGUGAUAAAUUUGAUGGGAGACAUUAUGUAGAUUAGCCAUCAUUAUGUACAUUUUGAUACAUUUUUAACUCUUCAAUGUAAGCUGAAUUCAUGCUUCAGGAAUUCUUCACAGAUUUUAUCUAUUUAUGUAUAUAUAAAGAAGUAUUUUAAUAAAAAACAAGUGUCUUUAAGGAAUUCCAAAUGUAUAAGGUGGCCCUGUAACUUUCUUUGUAAGUAAGGAGGCUGAAUAAUAGGUGCUUGAUGAUAAUGUACUCCACUUCCUGUUGGAAGAUUAACAUUAUUUACCAAGAAGGAAUUAAGGGAGUGGGGGGCAGAGAUUUGCAUUGAUGACAAGAGUCAGGAAAUCCACUGAAAAUAUUUUUUACAUGUGAGAAAGAAACAUUCAUCUCAAGAGCAAAGAAAGGAGCAAGUGAAAAUACAUGAAAAGCAUUCUUUUCAUGGUAAACAACAGGUCAUUAAUGUUUCUAGAAAUUGACUUCUAAUGGGUAAACUGGAGUUUUAGGUAGAAUGAUCCAAUGGUUUCUCAGAGGCCUAGUUCCUAUAGUCACAGUAUAGGAUCUAUUUCUGUUAGACUGCUAUUCCAUUGAAAGGUUUUAGCUGCUUAGAGACUUCCUUUUAAGAUAAUCUGCGUAUGGUUAUUUUUGGUUGUAGCUUUGAGGGAACUGACAAAUUUUAUAUAGCCCCUGGUCAGGUAACUCUAUGAGUUCUCAAAUAUUACUUCUUUGGGAAACUUUCUGCAUGGUGCAGGAGCUUAAGAGUGGCAUUGUUUUCUUGCCUUAAUUCCUAGAAAUUCUGGACUGGGACUCUCAGGGAAUAAACUCUGAUAGGAGAAGUUAAAAUACAUGGCCUGUCUUGUUUUCAUUUGAUUAUUUUUGAACAAUUGAAGUCUUUCUAAGCCCUGGUUUCUUUUGCUCCAUCAGAUCUCAUUAUCCAACUGCAUUUUACUCUGUCAUCUUGCAGUAAGGGGUUCAGAUAGCCAGCUCAACUCUUUAAAUGAAAUUUAAAAAAAAAAAAAAAGUUUUAACAUUUAUUUUUUUUUGAGAGACAGAGAGCAUGAGCAGGGAGGGGGCAGAGAGGGAGACACAGAAUAGCAGGCUCCAGGCUCUGAGCUGUCAGCACAGAGCCUGGCACAGGGCUCGAACUCAGGGACCACAAGAUCAUGACCUGAGUCAAAGUCGGAUGUUUAACCGACUGAGCCACCCAGGUACCCCGCCAGCUCAACUCUUUGAUGCUUGAGGCAAUGUGUCCUUUCUCUGUUUGGACUUCAGUUCUGUCCUUCAGUCCUAACUGGAUGUCUCUGUGUUCUCAGCAAUUAUCUUGGCUUUUAUUUCUUGAUCCUCUUGUCAAUUUUACCAUUUUCCUCCCAUUCCUCAUGGCUUCCAUCAAGCCACAGGAGAAGGUGUUUGAUAACAGACAACUCAUGUGUCUUGUAGAUUAUAAUUUAUUAGAUUUCAAUUUUGCUCAAAAUACUGAGCAUAUUUUAAUAACAACCAAAGUAUUUAAUCAAGCAGAUUCAAAGGACACAGUACCUGUCCUUUAGGGAAGAGCAGUUAAAACCUUGAUGUGGAUUAGCCCACAGAAAAAUAAUCAGGCAUAAAUCAAGAGUAAGGGGGAAGUUUAGUGGGAAUUGCACUUGACACAACUUAAUUUUAUGGAAAACAUGGCUGUUUUCAACAAAUGAAGCUAAAGUUUCUCCUGGAUCCCAGAAUUCAAACCGUAUUUGUAAAUAUAUAAUUCAGCUGUUUGAUUUAAAUGGGCUUGUUAGGCUGGGAAAUGUUACAGUUUUUACUAUUUUCUACAGAGAAAAUAUUUUCCAAUGUAUCAGACUCAAUGAACUUUUAAAAUACAAACCAUUUUUACAUUGGAGUUAUCUGUGCAGCAGUGUCUUUACAAUUGUACAUAAAAUGCUGUAAGUUAAUGUAUAAAAUACUGCUUUAUGCCAGAAUAAAAAUACUAGUAUUUACUAUUUAA